AUUUACUAUAUAUUGACAUCAAUAAUACACAGAAAGGUUACGGUGAAUUUUAUCUCCUUUAACUUGGUAUCAGUUGCCAGUUCAUAUUCCUCUCGCUCUCUCCUUCAAUGUCUUCUUCCAAAAACUCUUUUCACCCGGCUUUAGCUAUAUCAAACAUCAAGAAUUUCAUUCCUUUAACUCUUGAUCUUGAUAAUGGCGAUUAUGCUUCUUGGGCGGAAUUAUUCAAAAUUACCGCCCGGGCAUAUGAAGUCCUUGAUCAUAUAAUUCCCUCUACCACCACAACGGAUUCCUCUUCCGCCGCAACGGAUUCAUCUCUCACCGAUGCACAACGCGCUAUACUUGAUGCCGCCAAAGCCGAGGCGUCUGCCUUAUGGUCUCGUCUCGAUGCCGUUGUCCUUCAAUGGAUUUACGGCACUAUCUCUCACGACCUCCUUCAUACCAUUAUUGAGGUUGAUUCCACGGCUCAUGAUGCAUGGGAAAGUCUUGCCGAUCUUUUUCAUGACAACAAGCAUGCCCGGGCUCUAUAUUUGGAGAAUGAGUUCUCAAAUACCCGGCUAGAUCAGUUCCCUAACGUCUCUGCAUAUUGCCGGGGUCUCAAAGACCUCUCUACCAAACUUAAAAAUGUGGGAGUUACGGUCGGCAAUGAUCGGCUUGUUUUGCGUAUGGUCAAUGGCCUCUCUUCCGUUCCGGAUUACAACAUGGUGGCCUCUCUCAUUCAACAACGGGAACCUCUUCCCGUUUUCUCUAGAGCCAGGUCCAUGGUUGUCCUUGAAGAAUCACGUCGGAAUCAGUCCUCCGGAUCCCCUGCCACCGCGUUAAUUCACUCCACCGGUGAUAUCACACCGCCCGGCCCAUCUUCUUCUCAGCGUGGCGGUCGUGGAGGCUCAUCCCGUGGCGGCAGUCGUGGGCGGUCUUCUUCUCAGCGCGGCGGUCGUGGACGACAGCCCGGCCGUGCGGACCCCGCUCCUGCGCCCGGCCAGUGGCCUCAGCCUCCUCCCUGGGCUUACUGGUUGCACCCGCAAGCUUGGCCCUCUCCACCUUGCCCGUACCCAGGUCUGCCUUGGCACGCCCAGCCCGGUCCACGUCCGUCUCCGGGUGCCGGACUUCUGGGACCGCGACCGCAACAAGCACACUUGGCCGAUGCUAGCCCUACUGCCUUGACCGCAGACAUGCAGACCAUGACUCUAUCUCCUCCCGGCGGCCAAUGGUAUAUGGACACUGGGGCCUCGUCCAACAUGGCGGCACAACCAGGAUUUGCAGACGGGCAUUCCAGUCAUGAGGUCUAAUAGCUCCGGCGACCUUUACCCGCUCCAUUCCAUUUCUCCGCACUCACUGCAACAUUCCGCAUUUGUUACAGUCCCGGCCGCAGUCUGGCAUAACCGGCUCGGACACCCCGGGGCUCCAGUUUCUAAAUUUCUUAGUGCUAAUAAAUUGUUACCAUGUCGCAAAUUUAUUUCUCAUUUAUGUAAUUCUUGUCAACUAGGCAAACACGUUAAAUUGCCUUUUUCCUCGUCUGUAUCAUUUACUUCUAAG